AUUUUUUCUUAAGAAUAUAAAAGCGGAAUAUCCGAUCACGAAAUGUCCGCCAUUCCUCACCUCAAAUUCUCAAAAAACCUUACCAUCUAUCUAUCAGACAAACCAACUCCUCCUGUUCUCCUUCCCAGAAUGGGAAGCUUGUUGCUUCUGCUGCUGAGAUUAGGCUGUGACAGUAACUUUCUUUAUUGACAUGUCAACACCACCACCGCCACAACCACCCCGUCCAAUCAAGAACACCCAUAAUUUACACGCCCACGCCCACAAGCCAACCAAUUUUCCUGAUUUCUUUUUCACUGCUCUUUCUAUCUUCUUCUUCUUCUCCUCUUCCUCUUCCUCUUCCUCUUCUUUCAAGCCCCAAUUCCCUAAGGUUCCAUUUCUUUGUUUCCCGUCGAAUCCCCGCCGGUUUCUCAAAAUACCCUCAAUGUCCAUUUCCAAAACUAAUCAUCGUUUCGCCACCCCACAAUCCCUAUCGGAAUGGCUUAAGCCUCGAUUGCCUUCCGACUCGUUGGCUUCUUGGGGUGUGAAACCCGGUACCAAGAACGUUCACAACCUAUGGCUUGAGCUAUCCGAAGGUGAAACCUUUCUCGCCGACUCCACCCCUCCAAUCCGCACCGUCAGUGUUGUUACUGUCCGAAUCAUUGGUAAAAAUAAUCAAAUUCUUGUUGAAUCUCAUCAGGAAUUAUCAGAUGGUAGUGUAAGGAAUCGGUGGAGACCCUUGUCGGAGAAAAUGAAACCCAACGAGACUCCUGAAGCUGCUGUCUAUCGUGCUAUCAAAGAAGAGCUUGGAUCUAUCAUAAAUGAUUGUGGAGUUGUGAGGAUUGUUCCUGGCUCCUACAAGGAGAAGGUUGAGGAGGGGAAUUCGAUGUCAUACCCGGGCCUGCCGGCUCGUUAUGUCUUGCACUCUGUGGAUGUGACGGUGGAGGGGUUGCCUGAGGGCGAGUUUUUUACAGAAGAGGUGGACGAGUAUAUUGAUUCUGAAGAUAAGAGGGCUGCUGAUAAAGCUGUGUUUGUGAAGAAGCAUUUUUGGAAAUGGGUUAGUUCUGAUUCGGUUCAAUCUUGAUAUAUGGCAAUAUGGGUGUUCAGCUUUUGACUGCAUUAAGAGUUUAUGGCAAAUUUUUGUUAUACUAUUACCUGUUACUUUUGUUGCUUUUGAUUUAUUGGAUAAUGCUUCUUUAUAUGAUUAUGUUCUUUUGGAUGCUAAAAAAUAAAUACUUGUCAUACCAUGUAUGAAUACUAAUCUUACAGAAAUUAGAGACUUGAGGUUCAUCUUUUUA